UGGGACAGCAGCGUAGCACGGAUCUGUGGGUGUGUAACUGGAAUUGCGAUGAAGCGCUCGACCACUUCUUGGAGGAUGUUGGUGGUGACGGCGGUGAUGGCUUUAAUUAUGUGUGGUAGCAACUGUGACGGUGACUCUGAGCAAGAUUUCGAGACGGAAGACGGGUUCGGUGGAGUGCAAGGGCCACCCGUAAAGCAUGAAUGUGUCCACGAUGUGCUUUCCUCUAAGUUCCUAGCAGGAGCUGCUCACCGGGAAGCAUCCAUUCGCGCUGGUCUCGCUAGGAGUUUGGAAUGGCACCGAAGGCAAUCGAGGAAAAUUGCGGCUACAGAGCCACCCGCCUACAUGCGCAUACGGCCAGUGUAUCAGUUGGACGAAUUAGACAGCGAAACACAGGGGUAUGUUCAGAACCUACUGAUCCCGUCUGCAAUUGGGUACUUUGAGAGGUUGCUACAAGUUAAGGAUGCAAGAAGUGGCCCGCUUCGUCUGCAUGCAAAUAACUGCCGAAUGUUUUCGGCCGGAAAUCGCUCAGCAGUGGAGCGAACCUGUCAUGAAUGGGGCCUGCCUCGGUGUGAGCUUGCGACGGUCAACGCCUCGCUUCUGGAUGCCUACAGAACUUGCGUAAGCAGGAGGGGGGGUAUGGCAUGCCACACCACGCCUGCCGGGCCCGGUUCGCCAGAUACAGACUACUUGCUGUUUGUUACUGCGAAGAGGACGGAAGCGUGUUCAAUGACAACGUUGGGACAUGCGGUGCACUGCGAGCAAGACUUGCUGACCAGGCGGCCAAUUGCAGGGAACGUGAACCUCUGCCCGGACGCCGUUAGCGCCACUGGAAACUGGCACCAGCAACUGGCAGUGUCGAUCCACGAGAUCACGCACACGCUUGGAUUCAGCUCUCUCCUGUAUGGCGAUUUUCUGGACGAAGCAGGUGCACCGCGAACAGAAUUUCUGAAGACCGUGAUGCGUCCCAGCGGCGUGAAUGCGACGAUGAUAGUUUCCCCGCAUGUCAGGGCUUAUGCUCAGGCACAUUUCAAUUGCCCGUCGCUGGCCGGUGGGGAGGUUGAGAAUAACGGACUUACAGGGGUCACGGCGCUCAGUCACUGGGAGGCGGCAGUCUUCCAAGGCGAGAAUAUGGUCAGCAUCUACCAGCUUGUUGGCAUUAUGUCGAACAUGACCUUAGCGCUUCUUCAGGACACUGGCUGGUAUGAGGUGAACUUUGGCAUGGCUGGACAUUUGCUGUCUGGGAACAACCUUGGUUGUGAGUUUGCAUUGGGCAGCUGCAGUCCUCCGAACGUUUCCAGCGUUUUCGAGGGUUACUUCUGUGCAAACAUGCAUAGACGGACAGCCACCUACAUUAAUCCGAUGGGUCAGGAGGUCGUGAAGUCGCUAAAAGGUGAGUGUACGUACGACUAUUUGGCAGCCGGUUCGUGCGUCUCUUGUUCGACAGACACAGGCAUCUGUUUGACUGACAAAUGCAUCCCGAUUCGUGGGUACGCAGAUAAGAAGUGUCAGGACAUCACAGCGGCCCAAAACAAGGAGGGGCAGGGUGAUGACCAUGGUCAGUAUUUCGGAGAGGCGUAUGGGCCACAGUCAAGGUGCUUUCUUCAAGGAUCGGCUUAUUGGGUGCGGAAUGGAACCCCGGCUGGCGAGGUGGGUAGCAUGAAUGCGCCGCUUGGCGCCGGAUGUUACAAGGCCAAUUGCACCCUCGAUGUCAAUGGGCAGUUCGUGCUGGAUGUGAUGAUCGGAAGCGACUGGGUGAGGUGUUCCGAUGGACAGGAGAUCUCUCUUGCGUUGCUAGGCUAUGAGCAAGGGAUAUUCGGGCCAUGCCCGGUGGCGGCAGAUUUCUGCAGAUACGCAAUGUGCCCGAACGACUGCAGUGGGCAAGGUGUCUGCUACAUGGGGGAUUGUACGUGCUACAGCGGCUUCGCUGGCGAGGACUGUAGCCAGAUUGCCUGUUCGCCAUUUUCACAACCGUGUCCGGAGGGUUCAAACUGUGACCGAACAACUGGACUGUGCUCUGCAGCUGCUGAUGCACAACCCACGCUUUCAAGUAGGCGCCGGAUGAGUUUGGAACGGAGAUCGCUUGCCAAAACAAGUGACCCACCACCUCCUCACCCAGCAAACACAUCAAGCACAGCGAACGCAACGAGCGUAGUGAACACAGCGAACACGACAAGCAAAGCGAACACCACGAGCACGACAAGCGGAACGAACACAUCGAACGGUGAGGGAGGCAAUUCCACGGAUAGUGGCUUCAUCACUCCAUAUUCCGGUGGAGUUGCUGCAGAACUUCCCAAGUACGGAGUUCUGGUGCUCGCAACAAUCCGAUUCGGAGGUUCUAAUGUGACUAAGCUUCAGGAUACCGACGUGCGGAAAGAGUUUGAGACCGAAUUCAUUCAGGAAAUGUCAGCUGCUGCUCGCGGUGUCGGAUACGGUGAGGCGCUGGAGGUUGUGAUUGAUGGCCUAAGAGAGGGAAGCAUUCUUGUGGGAUCGGUCACAGCUUUCAGUACGGCGCAAGACUUCCACCAUCCCAUUCUGUUCGCAAGACUCGUGAGUUCGAACCCGCAGUCCAUCUUUGCCAACAGCACCUACUUCAUUCGGUUGCCGAUGGGAAAUGUGACAUCGCUGAACAUAGAGGUCAAGUCGGCACCCCCGAACACAAAGCUCACCCCACCAAGCAAGCAUGCUUGGAGGACCAAGUUCCUUAACGAGCCUGCUCUCCUUGGCGCAAUCGUCGGCGUUCUUAUCGUCAUUGCCUGCUUGCUUUGCCUCCUCUGCAGCAGGAGUUCACUUCUUCGGCGCCGGGAAAUUACGACCCAGCAAGUUAUGAUGACCGCGUACCCACCCCCUGUAAAUGCGGGCCCAUACAAAGAGAUGAACGUCUUUGGGACCCCUUUGAGGGAGUCGUCCCGAGGGUAACGGAUGGAAGGGUCCAACUGGAAAGCUUUUUGUUUUCGUACAUGGACCGGUGGUGGCCUACUGGAAUGUUCAUCGCAUUGUACAUACGGGUGUUUUCGAUGCGCGCGGUCAAAAAUGGCGAGUACGUUUCGAUGCUGGUCGGGUUUCAAGCGCAUUGUCAACACUGAUCAGUGGUCAUCAAGUACGUUUAUCCAAAGCCCGCAGAUCAGUUGCGCAAGUGCCUUUUCGAGAAGUCAGGGGGUCAGUGGUCGUCAAGUGCCCUCUGAGAAAUCCGCGGGUGAAUGGUCACCAACCACCUUGCAAGAAAUUGGUGGAUCAGUGGCUAAGCGCCUUUUCGAC